AUGGACCUGAUCGUGGAAGCGCACACCGACAGCCACUUCCGGAACAAGCGUCGCGUUUCUCAGGAGAAGCCCCUGAGGAGGAUUUCCCGAGUGGCAGUGGCUAGCUCCAGCGCGGCGAACGAGCGGCUCCGCGCCCUGGAAGACAUCGAACGGGAAAUCGGCGCCAUCCUUCAGAAUGCAGGUACGGUGAUCCCAGAAUUGUCCAAGGGAAAAACCAGGGAGCGGCUUCUAGACCGGCAGGCGGCGGCCUUCACCGCUUCGGUGCAGCACGUGGAGGCGGAGCUGUCCGCUCAGACCCGCUGCCUCACCCAGGUGGCCGCAGGACAGCCCCGUGAGGGCUCCAGCUGCCCUUCCAGGAAGGACGGUCAGAAGGCUCUGAAGCGAGUGGGCUAUGCUCGCCUCAAGCUCAGUGAUGUCGUUCGAACCUGUGAGCAGAUGCUGGAGAACUAGGCCAGGGGGGUGGACCCAGAGCCCAGAGGGAGACCAUCGCCUGCACCAUGGGACAGAACCUGGGAACAUGUAGGAUGGGGAGCAUGGGCAUCUACAUACCCUGCUGGUCAAAGUACACUUGGGGAGGCCGAGGCCAGAGGAUCACGUGAGGCCGGGAGUUCGAGACCAGCAUGGCCAAC